GCCUCGAAUGGCAAUACCGUGACAAGCAUGCUCAACACAACCAUCUAUGCUCUGAACCCCCUCAACUAUAGCUCCGAUUAUUUCAAAUUUAUGAGCUGCAUGCCGGCCGGCGCAUACGGCGCGAACAAUAGGUCAGUUCCCAAGGGUCUCGCGAACGACACCGACGCCAAGUAUGACGGCACGCAGUACGCGUACGGUCGCAUCAUUCGCAGCGAGAAGCUUGUCGCGAACGCCAAGAAUCAGACGGUCAACAGCAAGUCCAAGGCAGACACUGAUCUCAACGACAUCUCCGUCGUUCUCUUCCCGGGAACCGUCCAGCUCACCGACACGGGUGCCACCGCACCCAUCGGCUGGAACAACCCUGACAGUCCAG